AUGGAAAAGAAGAACAGUCUACAUAUUCACUACAUGGGUGACAUUGAAACAUACGGCUCGACCAAACACUACGAACCUAUCAACAUUGAUUCGAAUGAGUGCAUGACAAUUAUAUAUACAAGUGGAAGCUCAGGGUUUCCUAAAGGAGCCAUGAUCUCUGAAAAGGCUUAUCGAUCUACAUUUGCAAGAUGGUGUAGUCCAUGUGGUAUCGAUCGGAUCAAUUUCUGUUUUGAACCAUUGCCGUGGGUUAGUGGUCGUGACGCUGUCAUUAGAACUUUUUUUGAUGGAGGACGUACUGGAUUCUCUUCAGCAGAUGUUUCUCGUUUGAUGGAAGAUUUGGCUUUAGUUAGACCUAACAUUUUUUCUGCAACACCCGCUAUAUGGAACAAAAUAUAUGCUGAAUUUAAGACCGCUUUGUCAAUAGCAAUAGCUCAUCUGCCAUCAGAAGCAAUAGCAGACGAGGAAAAUCGACUUCUUCAACAAUUUUCAAAACUUAUUCCAACAAGAUGCAAAACGAUUGGUGUCGGUGGUGCUAUGAUCAGCUCAGCAGUACUCGACUUUAUGAAACGAUGUUUUUCACACUGUACCAUUUAUGAAUCUUAUGGUAUAACAGAAUGCGGAGGUGUAGCAUUCGAUAAUAUGAUGAAAAGCACACUACAGUUUCGGCUGAUAUCUGUCACAGAAAUGGGUUAUACAAUAGACGAUGAGCCAUUUCCUCGAGGAGAGCUUUUGGUAAAAACUGAAGAGAUGUUUUCUGGUUAUAUUAACAAUCCAGAAGAAACUCGAGCAGCUCUCACAAACGAUGGAUUCUUUCGUACUGGUGACAUUGUCGAAUUACGUUCCGAUUCAGACGGUAAACUGCAGGUACAUGUUAUUGAUCGUAAAAAGAAUUUUUUCAAACUUUCACAAGGACAAUAUGUAUCACCUGAAUUUCUUCAAAGUAUUUAUCUUCAAAGUCCUUUCGUCGAGCAAAUUUAUAUUCAUGGCGACCUUUUAGCUGAUUCGGUUACUGCAGUGGUCGUGCCAAAUCGAGAAUAUACACAAGCAUUCAUAGCUGAGCAUCAUUUGGAAAAUUUCGAUAUGAUUAAUCCAGAUCCACAUUUUCAUAAUGCCAUUGUAGAAGAUUUGAAUUUGUUAGCUGAGAAACAGUCGCUUCGAAAACAUGAAAUACCAUCACGAAUAAUAAUUGAUUUCGAACCUUUUACACCGGAAAAUGGUUUGCUCACCUCUACAGGGAAAUUUUGUCGUCCUAAAUUAGUUGAAUACUACGGUAGCCGAUUGAAAAAAUCGAAUACUAUUGAACAACGAUUGAAAACUAUUAUCGAAACGACAACAAAACAAUCACUAGUGAUCGAUGACGCAAAUAAUUUCUUUAUUCCAACUGGUGGUGAUUCAUUGACAGCCAUACGUUUGUCACGCAUGAUUGCAAAUGAUCUAGGAAUAUCUGUUCCUUUGAGUAUACUUUUGCAACCUAACAUGACUCUUCAACAACUGGUCACUGUUAUUGAAGAUCCCUCGCAGAUGUCUUCCACAUCGUAUUCAAUUUUAGAGCAAAUGUCGAAAGAUUCAGAAUUAUCUUUAGAGAUAAACAUUAGUAAACAUAAAAAUUCAAUUCUACCCCCUUCGUUAAUUUUUGUUACUGGAACUACAGGAUUUGUUGGUGCUUUCUUGUUAGCUGAAUUAUUAUUAGCUCAUACUUCUGACUGUAAAUUUGUAUGUCUUGUCCGAUGUGAAUCUUCAACUAAUGUCAUGGAUCGCAUUCGACAAAAUAUGCUCUUUCAUAAAAUAUGGAAAGAUGAUUAUCAAGAACGAAUUAUUCCAUUACAAGGUGACUUAGAAAAAACUUGUUUCGGAUUAGAUAAUGAAACAUAUGACUCACUUGCUAAACAGGUCGAUAUCAUCUUUCAUUGUGGUGCUGCUGUGAACUUUGUAUUUCCAUAUCACAAAUUGUAUGGUUCCAAUAUUUUUGGUACUAGAGAGAUCAUUCGUUUCGCAGCGCAUGCAACAACGUGCAUUCCCAUUCAUUAUAUUUCAACAUUAAGUGUGCUAUCCUCUAAUGUUAGCAAAGAAUUAUCGAUUGAUGAAAUUGCUCCAGAUGGUUUACUCAAUGGUUAUGCACAAAGCAAAUGGGUAGCAGAAAAGUUAAUGGCUACAGCCAAUCGUUUCGGUUUACCAGUAGUCAUUUAUCGUCUUGGAUCGAUAUGUGCAAGUACGGAAACAGGUGCUUGCAAUCGAAAUGAUCUUCAUACAUUUCUAUUCACUGCAAUUAUGAAGUUACGCUAUUAUCCUGAAGCAAUAGUUAAUGCUCGUUUACGUGCUUUACCUGUCGAUUUAGCAGCAAAAAGUAUCGUUUAUUUGAGUCGCAUGCAAUAUGAUGCAUCCGAAAAAAUCUAUCAUGUUCUAAAUCCAAAUAAUGAGAUAUUAUAUAAAGAUAUUAUCGAUGCUAUAUGUUGUUGUGGUAUUCAGUUGAAAAGUGUUUCAUUUGAGGAAUGGCGAAUCGAAUUAAAGAAACUUAGUCAUGGUGAUAGUCCGCUCGAGUCUAUUGCUGAAUUUUUCAAUGAAGAUAUCGACAAACAAAAUUGUACAAUAUCUACCGAGCAAUUUUGUAGUUCAAUUUCGAAAUUCAAAUUUCCAUCUUUUAAUAACUUGUAUUUUAUGAAAUGGAUGAAUUUCAUACUAGACAAUAUUGCUAGUCAAUAA